AUGGUAACUUCAAUGCUGUCUUUGUCCUGCUUACUAAUUAGUUGUGUUAAGCAAAUAGAGAAUUAUAUAUUCGCCAAAAUUGAUCCAUUGGCGCUCACGGCGAGCGUAAGCAACGCAAAAGAAAGCGUUUGCAGAGGCUCCAAACAAAAGGGCGUGGACACAGUAAACAGAAGCAUCGGUACACUGACCGUAGCUGCUGCAUCCAACAAUAGCAACAGCAACAGCAACAGCGGUAGCACCAGCACCAGCACCAGCGGGAGCAGCAGUAUUGAAAUUGAUGAUCUGGGCCGUGCUUUUGAUGACAAAGUACAGUUGAGCCAGGCAACCAGCAACCAGCUUGUACUUCAUGCCAAGGAGCCCGAAACCAUGUCCGGUGAUCAGAAAGUCUUGCUAAAGGGACACGCAUCUCAGUAUGUUAAGCUCAAUGUGGGUGGACGUUUGUAUUAUACCACAAUAGGUACGCUAACAAAACAUAAUGAUACCAUGCUAAGCGCCAUGUUUAGUGGGCGCAUGGAGGUGCUAACGGAUUCUGAAGGUUGGAUUUUAAUUGAUCGGUGUGGCAAUCAUUUUGGUAUAAUAUUAAACUUUCUACGUGAUGGCAGUGUACCGCUGCCAGAGACAAACAAGGAGAUUGCAGAGUUACUCGCCGAAGCCAAGUACUACUGCAUCACAGAGUUGGCGAUGUCGUGCGAGAGAGCACUGUAUACGCACCAGGAGCCGAAGCCCAUCUGUCGCAUACCCUUGAUAACGUCGCAAAAGGAGGAACAGCUAUUGAUCAGCUCAUCGUCGAAGCCGGCGGUCAUUUUGGUGGUACAGCGGCAGAAUAACAAAUACUCGUACACAAGCACCUCGGAUGAUAAUUUGCUCAAGAAUAUUGAACUGUUUGACAAGUUGUCUUUGCGUUUUAACGAGCGAAUACUCUUUAUUAAGGAUGUGAUUGGUCCAAGUGAAAUCUGUUGCUGGUCCUUUUAUGGUCAUGGCAAAAAAGUGGCGGAGGUCUGCUGCACCUCCAUUGUUUAUACAACAGAUCGCAAGCACACGAAAGUGGAGUUUCCGGAGGCGCGCAUCUACGAGGAGACCCUGCAGGUAUUGCUCUAUGAGAAUCGCAAUGCGCCGGAUCAGGAGUUGCUUCAAGCAACAUCUUCGGUGCGUGCAGGUGGUGUCAGCGGCACCAGCAUGCAUCAGUAUACUAGCGACGAGGAGGAAGAGCGCACAGGCUUGGCACGUUUGCGCUCGAACAAACGUAACAAUCCCACUUGACUUAGGUAUAAAUUGGAGUUUCCACAGAUUUGAUGGCAAAAUUGCGGUGCUUGCAGCCAUUGUUGGUUCGCCUCCUCCUGAGCUCUUAGCGCAGGCAUCGCUGCUGCGAUUUUCGUUUAUAUCUAUAAACUUACCGAAACAAACAAAUGCAACCAAUGUUAUUCAUAUUUUCUUAUAUGCACUAAAAACA